UGCAUUCAAUGGCUGCUUAGAGAUUUUUAAUCAGGAUUGAAUGUCAAAUAUUUUCUCCUGUUGUGGUAUCCCAAAGCAUUCAUGAAUAAAUUGAUUUGAUAUUUAAAUGAUUUGGGGAUUUUUUACUUUAAUGAGACUGAAAAAAUGACAUAUUGUUUUUGAAACUAAAAGGAUUAUUUAGAACAAUAACAAUAUUCAUUUUUCAAAUAAAUUGUACUAUAUGCCUGCAUCUGAUAUGGAUUUGUACAAUGCAAUGUUUCCUCCCCAUUUAAUUCAUAUACCACCUCAACCAGCUCAUAAUGAAGGCAGAACAUAUACCACUCAUCCAACUGCAUUUGAAGUUUUUCGAGUGGUUUCUAGAAAUAAUGAAAUGCGCUAUGAUCAUAGGAAAAAUUUUAUCUUGCAUUCAAAUAGUUCAGUAAAUUUAUCACACAAUCCUAAUAAAAGGAUGUCUUCUCAGUAUUAUGCUAAAACAUUUUAUAAUACUUCUAAGCAAGAAUACUGGAAAACUAAAAAUAAUGGUGAGAACAAAAGAUUGGAACAUGGAAGUUCUGCUCCCUGUUUAAUUUCAGCAGUCAGUAAUGAAUCACUUGAUAGUGGAAUUUCUAGAUCUCCUACUCCUACUCCCCCGAAUAAACAACAAUCUGUUAAUUCAAAUAUUUCAUAUGAUCAGAUGAAGCCUUACCAGGUUCUGCCAUCAUUAGAAAAGAAUAGUCAGGAAAGGCAAAAAGGUAUCCAUAAAGCGGCUAAGGUUUACUCUAAAAUUAAUUCUCAAGUGAAGUUCACUGAAGCGGAUAACAACCGUCCCCUAAAUAUGGUCCCAAAUGGCCAUAGCAUAAUGUUUUCAAACAACAGACAUCCACUUCAGAGGAGGGAAGUGCAGUCACAGGCCAAGAGGAGAACUACCUACAAUCGCAAUAUAGGACCCUUUUAUAAGAAUCGAAGAACAUAUAACUAUAUAGUUCAUUACCCUUCUCCAUACCCACAAAGUUCUCUCUACACUCCUUAUUAUACUGCACCAGACCGAUUUUUGCAAAGGUCUCACUUGAUGCCUGUUACACAACCACCGGAAGGACUUCUGAAUGGUUCUACAUGGGAUCAAUUAAGUCAGAAUAUUUGGAAAAAGUUUUUUUUGAACCAGCAAAGUGAAGAAUUGUAUAAAAAGAAAAUGGCACUAUGGAAAUUUUUAUAUGUGCAAAUAAAGACUUGUUUCCCAAAAUAUGGACUCUAUUUAGUUGGUUCGACGAUGAAUGGUUUUGGAAGUCAAUUUAGUGAUGUAGAUAUGUGUCUCAUUAUCCGUUACUCAGAAGUGGAUCAAAGAAAUGAGGCUGUAUCAUACUUGUCAAGUAUAUUGAAAUUAUUAGAACGAUGUGAUUUAUUUGAAAAACUAGAAUUGAUACAAGCUAAAGUUCCCUUGCUCAAAUUCAGAGAUUCCAAACAAAAUAUUCAAGUUGAUUUAAAUUGUAAUAACUCUGUGGGUAUACGUAACACUCAUUUAUUGUAUUGUUAUGGUCAAAUGGACUGGCGAGUCAAGCCUUUGGUUUUAGUUGUGAAAUUGUGGGCUCAAUGGCACAAUAUUAAUGAUGCCAAAAACAUGACUAUAUCAAGCUAUUCACUUUCAUUAAUGGUUAUCCAUUUUUUACAAUGUGGUGUAACCCCUAAAGUCUUGCCUUGUCUUCACGAACUUUAUGCUGAUAAGUUCAAUCCUGAAAUCGAUAUUGGAAAUAUUGACAUUCAUGAAGAUAUUGAACCUUUUAUUUCUGAAAAUAAGCAAACUCUUGGAGAACUGCUUCUGCUGUUUUAUCAGUACUAUGCAACAUUUGACUUCUUGAAGUAUGCUAUAUCUGUAAGAUUAGCAUCAGUUAUUCCUGUAGAAGAAUGCAGACACGUAAGAACAGUGAAGAAUGAUCCUCAUCAAUGGAAGUUUUUAUGUAUUGAAGAGCCAUUCGACCUGACAAACACUGCAAGAUCUGUAUAUGACCCAGAUAAGUUUGAACUAAUAAGGAAUGUUAUAAUUAGAAGCGGUAAUGCAUUAAUGAAAACAAAAAAAUUGGAUUCAAUAUUUUAUUUGGAAGCUUCGUAGAGCUGUAAGACUGAAAGGAACAAGGGAUUUGGAAGGUCCAGUUGGUGUUCAAUCGAUAUGAUUGACUUAAAGGUUAUAACGAUCUCUAGAACCAACUAUGGUAAUUUUCUAAGUAUGUUAUUUCUGGAUCUAUAUCCUGAUCCUACUAAUAACAUAUAAUUUAAAAUUUGUAAUACGAGUUUGUUUAAUGAGUUAUUUAUUCAUGAAGUGCUACAAGGAUUUCCUACAAGGGAAAAAAAUAAUAAAAAUAUGAAGAAACGGCAACAAAAAAAAAAAAAGAACAAAAAUAAAAAUAAAUACAAAAAUUUAAAAUACAAAAUGAGAAAAAAAAAAUUAAAAAUAAAAAUACUUAAAAAAAAAAAGAAACAACGAAUAAAGGUGUAGGAUUUAAUUUCUAGAGAAAUAUAACUUAAUUUUUCAAUAUGAGUGCAAUUGUCUAGCCUCCAACAAGUUAAAUAUUUGAUAACACAAUAUUUACAAGAUUGAAUAUUUACCAACUGAAGAACUGAAAGAGGAAUGUGCAAUGAUGGGUAUGCAUCAAGGCAAACAAAAAAAUAUAAUUGUAUGUAUUAAACAAAAGGAAAAGGAUAUUUAACCAAGCCUCCUUCUGCAAUAAAAGUACUUAAAAAUUUGUUUUCAUUUAUUCAAAACAGAAAUUUUGGAGGCUUACAAUUUAUAAUUAUACUUUUUUUUUAUAUAGUAUUAAGUUAAUUAUUCUGGGUCAAGUUAAAAAUAGUUUAUCCUUAAAUUUAUUGAGUUAACAUUUAUCAAUAAUGCAUAACUUAUGAAUUAUUAUUAUAAAUUCCAUAAUUAUUUUUGUAUAUUAGUUUGAAUAUAAUUUCUAUUUAAGUUAUAAUGCCUAUUUUUCAUAAAGCCUAGGAAAUAGAUAAUAUGUGCUUAAAACAUAUUAUGCAAAAAAAAUAAAAUAAAAUUACUGAUAGUUUAACAUCGAAUGAUAUCAAAAAAAUACUGUAGUUCAUAUUAUAAAGAUAAUUAUGGUAUUAAUUACGGCUGUUUGUUAUUAUGUUGUAAUCUAUUUAUUUAUAGCUUAUAUUUAUUAAUGUUUAUUUAUUUUAUAAUUUGUCCCAUAGUAUAAGGAUUUAAUCUUAGUGCUCUGUUGUGACCAUUUUGUCAAAUAGUUUAAUUAAUUUUAUGUAUAAUAAAAAAGUUAUAGGAAUAAAGAUAGAGAGAAAAAAUAACAAAGGAACUAAUUGUCAGUAGAUCCUGAACACAUUCUUUUUUUUUUUUUUUUUUUUUUUAUAAAGAAAUGUAAACAAUUAGC